GUUUAUUAUUCUCUUCGCAGAACCGGCGGGAAGUAAGAAGAGAGUUUGUUGUGUUCCAUUUCUCAGGAAACAAGCAAGCAAACAGGGGUCGAUUCCCAGCAAUGAAUUCUGAAGCAACAGUUGCAGCAAGCAGUGCAGUGCUCGAUUCAGAUUCAGACGAUGAGUUGUGCUCCUCGAAAGAAAGAGUAAUGCGCAAGUCCUUUGUGCAUGAAUGGAAAAUCCUGGAAGAUCUUGUGCACACCAUUGUCACAAACGGUGGCGCAGUCGAAAUCUCUGCUGUCAAAAGAGCUCAAGUCAUCAUGGAUAAGUAUCAAGAACAGGGGCAGCUCCUCGAGCCACACCUUGAAAGCAUAGUUUCGCCAUUAAUGAACAUUGUUCGAGCAAAAACAAUCGAAAUAGGAUUUGAAUCUGAUAGCAUUAUGGGGAUCAUCAAACCUCUGUGCAUACUUAUAUACACUCUGGUUACAGUCUGCAGUUAUAAAACGGUUAUAAGGUUUUUACCUCACCAGGUUUCUGAUCUGGAGCUCGCAGUGUCUCUGUUGGAGAAAUGUCACGGGACAUCAAUGGUCUUGAGCUCUUUAAGACAAGAAAGCACAGGAGAAAUGGAGACCAAGUGUACCAUGCUUCUGUGGCUUUCAAUUUUAGUUUUGAUUCCCUUUGACAUGUCGUCUGUGGACACAGCUUUGGCAGGGGCAGAGAACUGCUCAGGUAAAGAUUCGCCGCCGCCAUUGGUUGAGAGGAUGAUAACAGUCUGUAAGGAUUAUCUUUCAAACCCUGGUCCAAUGCGGAAGAUGGCUGGAGUAUUGCUUUCGCGGCUUGUAACUCGCCCUGACAUGAAAUCUGCUUUAAAAAGUUUAACAACAUGGACACAAGAAGCUUUGGGGACUUCCACAGAGGAUACAAAUGAUAUCUUUUUGGUACCUGGUAUUUUUGAGGCAAUGGCAGCUAUAUUUAAGGUUGGCGGUCGAGAUGUUUUGCUUGAUGUAGCAUCAGUUAUGUGGCAAGAAACCUGUAAUCUAACAAAGUCAGUAACUGCUGCUCGAAGUCCACUGCUUCGUAAAUUGCUCAUCAAACUAACUCAGCGUAUUGGGCUUACAUACUUGCCUCAACGAGUUCCUUUGUGGCGCUAUGUGGGUACAAGCAGCUCACUUGGACAUAAUCUAACUGUUGCUGCAUCUGCCAAAAACCAUCAAAAUUACUCACUGCCGGAGGUUACGUCUGCUACAAACGUUAAAGAAGUACAAGAAGAAGAAAUGGAUGUGCCUGAAGUCAUAGAAGAAAUAAUUGAACAAUUAUUGGCUGGGUUGAGGGACAAGGACACAGUUGUUCGUUGGUCAGCAGCCAAGGGUAUUGGACGUGUGACAGGGCGCUUAACAGCUGUUUUGGCUGAUGAAGUUCUAGCCUCUAUACUGGAGCUUUUUUCACCAGGGGAGGGAGAUGGUUCGUGGCAUGGAGGAUGCUUAGCUUUGGCUGAACUUGCUCGUAGGGGUCUACUUUUGCCAGAACGACUUCCUGAAGUGGUUCCAGUCAUAAUAAAGGCAUUACAUUAUGAUGUCAGGAGAGGCCCACACAGUGUUGGAUCACAUGUACGGGAUGCUGCGGCCUAUGUUUGCUGGGCCUUUGGUCGGGCAUAUUCUCAUUCAGUCAUGAAGGGCAUUUUGGAAGAGCUUGCUCCCCACCUUCUCACUAUUGCAUGCUAUGAUCGGGAGGUCAACUGUAGGAGGGCAGCAGCUGCUGCAUUCCAGGAAAAUGUUGGGCGACAAGGGAGUUUCCCUCAUGGUAUUGAUAUAGUGAAUGCUGCAGACUACUUUUCACUUGCAACGCGUUCCAACUCAUAUCAGGAUGUUGCUGUAUACAUUGCUCAGUUCAAUAUGCAUCUUUCUUCAUUUGUUGAGGAAUUAUUACAGAACAAAAUUUGUCAUUGGGAUAGGAGCUUACGGGAAUUGGCAGCAGUGGCUCUUGCUUCUCUAGUGAAAUAUGAUGUAGCUUUCUUUGGGGGCAUGGUGCUGGACAAGCUUAUACCUUGUACACUUUCUACAGAUUUGAAUCUACGCCAUGGAGCCACACUUGCUAUUGCAGAAAUUGUUCAAGCACUACAUGACUGUAGCCAUCAAUUUUCUUCAGAUAAACAGAAAGCUAUAGCUGGUAUAGUUCCAGCAAUAGAAAAAGCUCGUUUAUAUCGCGGCAAGGGUGGAGAAAUCAUGCGUGCAUCUGUUUGUAAACUUAUUGAAUGUACCUCAGUUGCACGGAUACCGUUAUCAUCAAAGAUACAAAAGAUUUUACUUGAUACUUUGAAUGAGAACAUGAGGCAUCCUAAUGCACAAAUUCAGGUUAGUGCUGUAAAAGCUCUAAAGCAGUUCGUCCACACCUACCUAAUUUCAGCAGAUACUUUAGUCAUCAAAGAUAUAACAUCCAAAUAUUUGCUACUGUUGAGAAAUGAUCCUAAUGUGGCAGCAAAACGGGGAUCUGCAUUAGCAUUGAGUGCCUUGCCAAAUGAGUUUUUAUUUUCAGAUUGGGCAAAUAUUUUGAAGACCCUGUGUGCUGCUUGUCUUGUGCCGGACAAUCCUGAUGAUCGAGAUGCCGAAACACGUGUUAAUGCUGUUCGUGGUAUUGCAACAGUCUGUGAAACAUUGACUUGUCCAGACAAAGACUCGAGACUUGAUGCAACCAGUCAGGAGUCUGUAUUAAGUGUCAUUAAGAAUGAUGUAAUAGAGUGUUUAUUUAAAGCUCUCAAUGACUAUUCUGUUGACAACAGAGGUGAUGUGGGUUCUUGGGUGCGAGAGGCUGCCAUGGAAGCGCUUGAAAGAUGCACUUACAUCCUUUGUCGAAACUUUACCAUUAUUGAUGGCAAUGAAAUCAAGACAAUGCAAACAUGUACUGUGGAUGAAGACUCUAUAACUGUCAGACAUGAGAAAAAUGCUUUGUUUGACGCAAAUCUCGCAGGACGAUUAAUAGGUGGUAUCGUGAAACAGGCAGUAGAAAAAAUUGAUAAAGUUAGAGACAUUGCUGGAAGAACUCUUCAACGCAUCCUCUACAAUAAGAAUAUCUUUGUUCCCUCCAUACCCCACAGACAUGAACUGGAAGCAAUUGUGCCUCGUGACAUGUCCUUUAACUGGGUUGUCCCUUCUAGUUCAUUUCAAUGUUUGGUGCAUCUUCUUCAAUUGAGUGAGUAUCGUGUAGCUUUUCUGUCUGGGUUGGUUAUAUCUAUUGGAGGCCUUGCUGAAUCUCUGAGAAAAGCAUCCUUAAGUGCUCUGUUAGAUUACCUUAACAUGUCAAAUGAUGGAGAACCUGAGAUAAACAAGGAAAAGGAAAAAUGGCUAAGCAUUGAUCUUCUCCAAAUUCUUCAACACCAUCCAAAAGUUGACAGGGUUACCAUACCUACUUUAAAGACAGUUGAAAAUCUGUUCAGUAAAGGGAUCUUCUUGCACUUGGAGGUGGAGUGUGCACAAAGAUUUGGUGUAGGGAUUAUAAAUUCUCUUACAAUUGAACUGAAGGGAUCAAAGGAUGUUUCAAAGCUACUCACUGGAGUUAAUGUGCUUGGACAUGUCUGUACAAUGCAAGAGUCAAUCCAGAAUGAAGCACUUCCUCAUUUUCUCUUAUUUCUUAGUCAUCCUUACCCUAAGGUAAGGAAGGCAUGUGCAGAUCAGGUGUAUCUUUUACUUAUUCAACUUGGCGAGCAACUGCUGGAUGAUGAUAGAAUGAAUAAAGCUCUUGAGUUGAUUGGUGAGACUUGCUGGGAAGGCCCCAGAGAGGAAACCAACGUACAAAAGCUUAAAGUUUUUGACAUUUUUAAUCUUAAAGUUCCCUCAGCACAAUUUACAUCUCACAAAUCAGAUAAAUGGGGUUCAAAACAGAAGGCAGACAAAUCUGAUGAAAAUGCAUCCUAUGCAUCUUUAAUUGAUUCAAUUCAUUGAUUCGCUUUAGUGUCAUCAAAACACAAAUGUUAUAAUAUAUAUGCUUCAGUGAUUUUCAGGCCUUGACACUAAAUUUGAUUUGCAUGUUUCACUACUGUUGAGAAAUUGUUUCAUUUGAAGGAGAUCGUGCACCCUUUUGCCCUGAUGCUGUCUCACAGUUCAACCCUCCAUUCACCCUUUUUGUUUUGUCAGCAUCUUUUAUAUGGUAUUACCGACAUCCCACAUGUUGGAAGCAUUCUGCAGAUUCUCCUACUAAAUAUUGCUUGCAUCCCAACUCAAAACACCUAACAAGUUGUCAUUAAAUAUUCACCUUGUGCUUUAUUUAUAUUGAUCAAGAAGCUGGGAAAGGAUUAUUUUCUCUUUA